AUGAGCUUGGCACCUGGUGGUGGUUCUAGCCUACGAUGUGUAGUCAUUGGUGAUUUGAACAAUGACACUAAUCUGGAUAUCAUCUUGGCUAAUUACGGUACUAAUAAUAUUGGCGUUCUUUUUGGUUAUGGAAAUGGUUCUUUUGAAAAUCAAAUGAUGCUCAGCACUGGCAUGAAUUCUCAUCCGAUUUCUAUCGCAGUUGGGGACUUCAAUGGUGACCGCGUAGUGGAUAUUGCUGUGGCCAAUCUUGGUACAAAGCAUGUAGAUAUGAUGCUUGGAAAUGGGCAGGAAAAUUUUGCAAUUCAAACAAGUUAUGAAAUUGGCUUUGAUAGACCUCCGUUAGUUAUGGCUUCUGGUGAUUUUAAUAAUGACGCACGAUCGGAGAUCGCUGUCGCUUACGAUGGACGUGAUCAUGUGGAUAUCUUUGUUCCAUACAAUAGUGGUUCUUUUGAAACUGAAACAAGGUUUUCAGUUGGCCCUUUUCCACGAUCUGUAUCUAUUGGUGAUGUCAAUAACGACACUCGACUAGAUAUCAUUGUCGCCAAUUGGGAAAGCAAUUAUGUGAGUGUUCUUCUUGGAUAUGGAAACGGUUCUUUUGAAACUGAAACAAGGUAUACAGUUGGCUCUUCUCCACGGUCUGUAGCUAUUGGUGAUGUCAACAACGACACUCGACUAGAUAUCGUUAUCGCCAAUUCGCGGAGCAGUGAUUAUACUGAUGAAAAUCAUUGUCCACCUGAUCAUGAAACAAAUUUAGAUAUAGUUAAUCAUAUCUAUAUAUACACUACACAAAUCGCGAACAAUGUUACCAAUUAUUUUCCAAAUGUCACAGAACUUACUUUCAGUCAAUAUUAUGAUGCACUUGAUCAUCUGACUACAAACGCUUUCAAUCGUAUUUUUCCUGUAUCACAACUUGCUAAAUUAACUAUUUAUACGAAUCAACGAUAUAGAAUAUGA